AUUUUAAAAUUUAAUUUCAAUUAACUAAUUCUUUUUUUGAAUUUUUUUUCCUUUGUAGGACAAAGACUUGUCAACGAUCCGAUUCGAUUAAUUAGUUAGUUUGUUGAUCAUCAUCACAUUUGUUGGAAAUUUUUUUUUAUUGGUUGCAAUCAUGAAAACUAUUUUAAUGAUGAUGAUUAUAAAAUGUGCCAAGAUUUUUUCAUUAAUAAUGAUGUUAAUGUUGAUGGCCAUUUUUAUGGUCCAUGUAACUUCAUCAUCAUCAGUUGUUGCUCAAUCAUCUAAAAAUCCAUGGAUACCUAAACAACCUUUACCAUUGACAUGGAUUGAUAAUCAAAAUAAGCGAUCAUCACGUGUGGUUAGAGCAACGAUUUCAGCAUCACCUAUUCCUGUUGCACCAAAACCCACUGCAGCUUUGAUGGCUUCUACGAAACCAGUUACCGCUGCUGCUAUUGUUCCAAUAGUGCCAGCUACUAUCGUUCCAGUUGUACAAACAUUCCAGCCACAGUUUUUGGCAGCAGUUCCCAUAGUACAACCGAUUGCAAUGGCUAGUAAUAAUAAUCAAAAUUUCUUUACAUUAUCUUCCGUUCAACGUCGACGACAUACCAUUCGAUAUCAAGCACCAAAAGGAUCAUCAAAAAAUUCAACAUUAAAUUCACCAUCAGAAGCACCGGAAGAAAUUGCUAAACCACAAACAAUCAAUGUACCGAUCGGUGUUUCUCAUUAUAAACCGAUACAAUUUGUCGAUUCAUUACAAGCAUUUCAACAGCCAACUGAUUACAAAGCUUUUAUCGAAAGUUUUAAUGAAGUAAAUAAAAAUACCACUAGUAAUAAUAAUAAGAAUAAUAAUAAAUCGAAAUCAGAUAAAGAUAAAGGACAAACAAAUACUGCUAAACGACAAACUAAUAAACAAUCGACGACAUCAUCUAGUGAACCAGAAUCGAAAAAUAUUUCGAAUGAAAUCAAAUUGGUUGAAACAGCCAGUGGUGGUUUUGUUCCCGGUGGUAGUAAUCCUGGUUUUAUUCAUAAACCACGAAUGAUCGAAUUAGAAUCCAGUUAUAUACCAUUGACGCUUCGUUUUUCAUCACGACCACGACGUUUGAAUAUUAUUUCGAAUGAAGAUCUUAUUGGACAGGAUUCAAAUCGUCAUGAUAGAAUUAAUGGAAAAUCUGAACCAAUUGAUUUGAUUGAUAAAAAUUCUGGUUUUUUCAAUCUAGAUACAAGAUCAAUAUUUGGACCAGUUAAACGUGAAGAACCAUUAGUACUUAAAGCAGGUGCAAAUAAUGUACCAUCCAAUAUGCAACAUAUAAUCAAAUGUAUAUUUCCGGAUUUUCGUUUUGAUGGUUCGGAAAAGAUUCGCAGUGCUUGUUGAAAAACAGUUUGGAACAAACAUCUAUUACAUUAACGUCUUCGCAAUACACAACCCUUUCACCCUUAAAAAAUAUGGUUUUUCGGAUAAUAUUACUGGGAAUUUGUUUUUGUUUUUUUUU